AUGGGCUUUGAGUCAAAGUAUUAAAUCCUUUUUAAUAAACAAUAGGAAUAUUAAAAGAAUAAAACUUAGAAUUUUUGAAAAGUAAGGGAAAAUAGAAUCAUAAUUCAAGAAUGAAGGGAAAUCAUCAUAACUCUAACAAUAAUUAAACUCCUCAUUCAAUUAAGAUAGGGUGCUGAUAUUUGAUCCUAACUAGGAAGGUGAAUUGUAAUAGCAAGGAGAAGAUCUAGUCGUGAAAGAUUCAAGUUGGAGCAUUUAUGAUGGUGAAAUAAUCCAAGUGUGA